UCGGAAACACCUGAUGUAGUGGUUGUGGCAUACGUGGUGUAAAUGUCAUUAAGGGCAUAGCUGUGGACAGAAACUUCAUCAGACUAAAAAAACAAUAAGGAAAGUGUGACGGAGUAGCAUAAAGUGACCGACCGUAAUAUCCUCCCCGCGUGAAAUAAAACCCGCUGCCAUGGAACUGGCCAAGAGCCACGAGCCCGCGAAGAAGAACACGAUGGACUUCGAGGAGAUCAACGACGUCCUCGGGCCCUUCGGGAAGUACCAGAAGUUUGUGUUUUUCCUCGCAUGUUGGGGUUCCUUCAUGCCGGCCAUGGUCGUGGUGUGCAUGACCUUUGUCGGCAAUAAUGUCGACCACAGGUGCUUCGUGCCCGGCUGCGACGACCCCAACGAGCCCGACUUCUCCGCCGACUACGUCAAUUACACCAUCCCCGACGGCGACGAGUGCUCCAUGUACCAGCGCUACGAGCCGGUCACGAACUCCUCCACGUGUGAUCUGAAUGACUUCAACCUGAACGUCAAGACCAACUGCAGCGAAAAGGUGUUCGACACGUCGCUCUUCACCUCCACGACCGUCACUGAGUUCGACCUGACUUGCGAAAAUGCUUGGCUUGGCCCUCUUGCCGGCUCCAUGUACAUGGUGGGCAUGCUGCUGGGUGCCAUCACCAUCGGGGACUUGGCUGACCGCUUCGGCCGCAAGAUGGGGAUCCUCGUGUCUGUGCUGCUUCUGGGCGGCGGCGGCGUCCUGAGCGCCGUCAGCCCCAACUACUACAUGUUCCUCGCCAUGAGACUUCUUACUGGUGCUGGCGGUGUCGGCCUCUUCCAGGUUACCUUCGUUUUAGCUGUUGAAUUCAUCGGUGCCAAAUACCGGACGUUUUGCGGAAUCAUGAUUGAAGUUCCUUUCGCUCUUGGCGAGGCCAUGACGGGAGUCUUGGCCAUCUUCAUCCGCGAAUGGCGCUGGCUGCAGGUGGCCGUGACAGCCCCGGCUUUCCUCCUGCUCUCCUACAUGUGGAUCAUGCCCGAGAGCGUCCGCUGGCUGGUGUCUCAGGGCAAGCGGGACGUGGCGGUCAAGAUCAUCAAGAAGGCGGCGGACGUGAACGGCGUGGAGGUCCCCAAGCACCUCCUCGAAGACAGCAACACUGAGGUACCAACUGUGGAUGGAAGUCUGUCGGUGGCAAGCAGCAAGGCAGAGUUAGUGAAGGAGGAUCCUGGUGAGCCGGAACCCAAGGUCACCAAGUCAGUGAUUGACCUUCUUAGGACUCCAAACAUGAGGAAGCGGUCGGUUAAUUUAUUUUAUUGCUGGGCGGUCUGCACACUAGUCUACUAUGGCCUCUCCUCUAACUCCGGAAACCUAGGAGGAAACAUCUUCGUCAAUUUCAUCGCCACCAUGCUGAUUGAAAUCCCAUCAUAUGUGUUCUCCUUUUUAGUUUUAGACAGAAUGGGCAGGAAGGGCACGCUCUCCUUUGUCCUUUUGCUCGGCGGCGUCGCUUGCUUCGUAUCCGGAUUUAUCCCAGAAGACUUUGGAGCUAUAAUUGUGACCCUGAGCCUGGUGGGUAAGUUCGGAAUUGCAGCAGCCUUUGCCAUUGUGUAUGUCUACUCUGCUGAGAUUUUCCCAACGGAAUACAGAAGUGUUGGCAUUGGUGCUUGCUCUAUGUGUGCUCGCAUUGGAGGAAUCAUUGCACCUUUUGUUGCGUCACUGGUAAGAUUUCCAUGCUGGCAUUUAAAAUGGAGAUAUGAGAAAGAUAAUGUAGAAGAAGUAGCGAUUUCAGAAAGUGAAGAACUAUUGGAAAUGAACAGCCCCUAA